UCUGCCCCCGCGCCCCGCCCAGGGAGGGCGGGGGCGCUGCGACGGGCUCCACGCCUUGAGGGCGGGGCCGGCGCGAUGCCCCGCCCCCCCGUGAGCUCAUCUUUGCGCGUCGCAGUCGCGCGGAGCCCGGCUUCCGACGUGCGUCCUGGCGGUGCCGUGAGCUGUCUGGCCUUUUGCCCUCGAUCCUUGGUUAAGGAAAUGACCAACCAGUAUGGUAUUCUCUUCAAACAAGAGCAAGCUCAUGAUGAUGCCAUUUGGUCAGUCGCCUGGGGGACAAACAAGAAGGAGAACUCUGAGACGGUGGUCACAGGCUCCCUGGACGACCUAGUAAAGGUCUGGAAAUGGCGUGAUGAGAGGCUGGACCUGCAGUGGAGUCUGGAGGGACAUCAGCUGGGAGUGGUGUCUGUGGACAUCAGCCACACCCUGCCCAUUGCUGCAUCCAGUUCUCUUGAUGCUCAUAUUCGUCUUUGGGACUUGGAAAAUGGCAAACAGAUAAAGUCCAUAGAUGCAGGACCUGUGGAUGCCUGGACUCUGGCCUUUUCUCCUGAUUCCCAGUACCUGGCCACAGGAACUCAUGUUGGGAAAGUGAACAUUUUUGGUGUGGAAAGUGGGAAAAAGGAAUAUUCUUUGGACACGAGAGGAAAAUUCAUUCUUAGUAUCGCAUACAGUCCUGAUGGGAAAUACCUAGCCAGUGGAGCCAUCGAUGGAAUCAUCAAUAUUUUUGAUAUUGCAACUGGAAAACUUCUGCAUACACUGGAAGGCCACGCCAUGCCCAUUCGCUCCUUGACCUUUUCCCCGGACUCCCAGCUCCUUGUCACUGCUUCAGAUGACGGCUACAUCAAGAUCUAUGAUGUACAACAUGCCAACUUGGCGGGCACGCUGAGCGGCCAUGCUUCCUGGGUGCUGAACGUGGCGUUUUGUCCCGAUGACACUCGCUUCGUUUCCAGUUCCUCUGACAAAAGCGUGAAAGUUUGGGACGUUGGAACGAGGACUUGUGUUCACACCUUCUUUGAUCACCAGGAUCAGGUCUGGGGAGUAAAAUACAAUGGAAAUGGCUCAAAAAUUGUGUCUGUGGGAGAUGACCAGGAAAUUCACAUCUAUGACUGUCCAAUUUAAACAUCAGAGUCUCCAGAAUUAUGCUGCAAAGAGAAUGUACAGAUUGAUGAUGACAUUCCUUACCUUUUUAGGCUUAAGAGAAAUAGAGCAUUUAUUGUAGCAAAGACUUAAAUUUUAUAGAUAAAAUGUAAAUCUUUUCAUGUUUUAUUGGAAAUGCUGUUCAUACUUUAACACAGAGCUUUCUUCAUGCAAA